AUGGUGACGACUCAGUUCAUCCCACACGCCACCGCGGCCGAGGACGGGACCCCCGUCCUCGUCACCACCACCACCCCCGCGAUACUGAAGAAGCUUCAGAACGGAUCCGACGUUCGCGGCGUCGCCCUGGAGGGCGUCCCGGGCGAGCCCGUGACGCUCAACGAGGAGGCCGCGUACCUCAUCGGCGCCGCCUUCGUGGACUGGCUCGCGGACAAGAAGGGUAAGAAACCCUCGGAGCUGUCCAUCGCCGUGGGCCGGGACCCGAGGCUCAGCGGACCCGCGCUCGCCAACGCCAUGUUCGCGGGGUUCGGUUCCAAGGACGUCGGCCGAGUCGUGGACAUGGGCAUCGCGACCACGCCCGCGUGUUUCAUGGCCACCGUGACGCCGGGCGUGGCAUACGACGCGGGAAUCAUGCUCACCGCGUCGCACCUCCCCUUCAACCGCAACGGAGCCAAGUUCUUCACCUCCGACGGCGGCCUGGACAAGGCAGACAUCAAGCGCAUCUGCGAGGACGCGGCGGCGGCUUGCCAAGCCGCGCCCGACGGCCACGCCAUCCCGCUGGACGGCGACGACGCCGUGGAAUCCGUACCUUUCCUCGAGGACUACGCCGCCCAGCUCCGCGAUCUCAUCAAGAAGGGCGCGAACCACCCCACCGCGUACGACGAGCCCCUCACCGGGAUGAAGAUCAUCGUCGACGCCGGCAACGGCAGCGGCGGGUUCUUCGCGAAGAGCGUGCUGGAGCCGCUGGGCGCCGACGUCUACGGCUCGCAGUUCCUCGACCCGGACGGUAAGUUUCCGAACCACAGCCCCAAUCCCGAGGAUGCGGAGGCCAUGGACAGCGCGGUGGAGGCGACGGUGAAGGCGAAGGCUGACCUGGGCGUCAUCUUUGACACGGACGUCGAUCGCUCCGCGGUGAUUGACGGAGACGGGAAUCCGAUCAACCGGAACAAGCUCAUCGCGCUCCUCGCGGCGAUCAUCCUCGACGAGCACCCGGGGAGCACGGUGGUGACGGACAGCGUCACUUCGGAUGGACUCGCCGAGUUCAUCGAGGGCAAGGGUGGCAAGCACGUGCGGUACAUGCGCGGUUACAAGAACGUCAUCAACGAGGGCGUGCGAAGGGACAAGGCGGGCGAGCCGUGCCACCUCAUGAUUGAGACGUCGGGUCACGGCGCGAUGAAGGAGAACUACUGCCUCGACGACGGCGCGUACAUCGCUGUCAAGAUCAUCAUCGAGGCGGUUCGUCGCAGGCUGAGCGGCGGGAAGGGCAUCUCCGACCUGCUCUCCGAGCUGCGAGAGCCCCUCGAGGAGAAGGAGGUGCGGCUGAAGAUCACCUGCGACGACUUCAAGGCGUACGGCGGCGACGUCCUCGAGCAGCUCAAGGAGGCGGUGGGCUCCAUGAAGGGGUACACUCCCGUCGACGUCAACUAUGAGGGGUAUCGCGUGAACAGGGACGAAGGGGACGGGAAGCGGGGUUGGUUCCUGCUGCGGCAGAGCCUGCACGACCCGGUGAUGGUGCUCAACUUUGAAUCUGAGAUUCCGGGCGGAGUCGACGCGAUGGCAAAGGACGUCGUCGCGUGGCUGAAGGAGAAGGACUUCGCGAGCCUGGACGCCUCCGCGGUGUACGCCAUCCUGGACAAGUGA